UCGAGCGAACCACACACCUUGUGAGGAGGUGAGGCCGCCGAGCCAUUCGCUUCAGCCUUCAGGCCCAUCAGCUUAUCCAUUCUCUCCCUCACGAGUCACGAAUGAAUAGUACACGGCGCUCCCUCCCUCCUCGAGAGCGUGUAUGCGCAGCUGCAGCUCCGCAAGGCAGAUGUUGCUGACUCGUCUGUCCAGCGUUUCUUGCUCGUCAACAGCGCAGCAGUUGCAUGCGGGCGUCGGCAAGUUCGCCGCCGCCGCAUGCUGGAGCUGGAAGAAGAAGCGCGAGGAGCUCCCCUGCUUCAGGGCCAGACUGGCCGGCAAGCCGCCGCGCGCCUCACCGGCGAAGGGCGGCAUUGUCCCGGCCAGCGACGAUGACGACGGCGUUAGCCUCGGCACCGUGAAGCUGCCGGGCAACAUCGACACCGCUCGGUUGGAGUCCUUGCUCUUCCAGAUUUCUUCACCUGAUGCGAUCGACCAGGUGGACAAGGUUGAGGGCGGGAUCAGGCUAGGGUUCGUCGCGGUCGAGGACGGCGCGACGCGGACGCUGGUGUACAUCGAUUGCCUGGUCUCUCCGGCCCCGGAUGGCUCUGGUCCGGUGUUCCGAGCGAUCAGGAACGGUCCUAUGAAGGACAAGGAGCCACCUGGGGAGCCCAGGAUCAUGAGAAGCCUCCUUCAGGCUCUCGAAAAGUCUAUUCAGAUCGCUCGUGUUUGACCGUGUAAACGCCACACGAUCAAGCGCUGCAUCUCUGUAACUAUUAAUUAAGAGCCCUCUAAACCCUGCUAUUCUAGUUGUCUCUUGAGUCUUGACCAUUCCAGGGAAAAAAAUAAACCAAGAAAGUUACAGGAACCAGCACCGUGGUACAGCAUUUCUUCAUUA